AUGCAGGAAAGAGAAAGAGAAAGGUUAGAGAAAGAAAGGCGAGAGAAAGAGAGGCGAGAACGCGAAAGGGAGGAAAGAAAGCGAGAAAGAGAACAGAGGAAGGAGUGGUUUAGGAAAGACAAAGAGUUGGCUGAACAGCAAGCGAGAGAACGCGAAGAGGAAGUCGCUAAAGCGAGAGAACUGCGCGAAGCGAGGAGAAAGAGGAGAGAGGAGAGGAAGAAGCGACAGAACUCGCUGGGAGUAGAUCCUAAUGACGCGAAGUUCAAGGACUUCAUGAAGUGGGUGACAAGUGGAAACAAAGACGAUAUAAGACACGUUGACAACUACGUCCUCAGUGACGAUGACGACAACGACGAUCGUUGGUGA